AUGUCAUCCCAUUUUGCUGAGGAUCCCUCGCUGCCUCAAGAUGAUGCAACUGCAGAUCUAGAGAAGGAAGUGCCAGAGACGCAGGAACGUAUGCUUCCCGGCCACACCGAUGACACGGGCGAUGCCGAGCAACGCCAUUUGUUAGCAAAGACCUCACCAGCCUCCAAGAAGAGUUCUGGCGGGGCAGGGAAGCCACCUCCACCAAAACCAGAGGACCCAGGCUUGCCUCCCUUGGUGCCGAAGGAACUCACUGAAGAGACGAAGCAGGCAGUGAAUGCCAUUGAUGCUUUGUUGAACCGCAAGAAGCGACCUUUGAGGCAGUCCUUGGAGGAAGCUCUUGACACGCGGCACAGUCUGGUGGCUGCUGACACCAAUGAUGAAGGGAAGCUUUCAUCCUUUGGUCAGAAAGCUGAUGAAGGGCCGCGGUCCUUUGGGCAGGUUUUGGCUCAGGCAUGGACGGGUAAUGCAGGUCGAUCGCCAUCUCCAACAGCACACGUGCUACCUUGGCCUUCCCACGAGGUGUCACACCGGGAGGUGCCAGGCUUGGGCACUCUUGGCAAAGCCUUGGCUGCUCGAGUUCGGGGACUACUGUUGCAUCUAGAGCGGACAGUGGCAAUUGAUCCAGACAUUUCGGCAGCAGACCUUCUGCAGCAGCAAGAUGUGAUCACCGAGGCUGACAAGAUUGAAGCCAACUUGGAGGCUUCUGGGCUUGGGAAGUUCCCGCCACCGCUGAUGGUGGCGGGUAGUGUAGAGCCCUUGCCACUUUCAACCACUGCAAUCUCCUCCGAUGAGGAUGCUCCAAGCAAGCCGUGGCCUCGUCGAAGCUCUGCGAAGGAGAAUCGAAGCAAAGUCAGAGGCUGCACUGUCCAGAUUGCUGGACAAACCCGGUCAACAGAUGCAGGCUUUGGGGCCCACCCAGAAUGCCGCAUUGUGUCGCUUCAAGCCAAGUUCGAGGAGGCGCACGGCUCCCUUUCUGCUGCUUUUGCGGCGAUGGAUCUGGAAUCUCGAGGGUGUGUGUCUUUUGGAGAUUUCCAUUCUCACCUG